AUGGAUAAAGAACGCCAAGAACUCCAGACGCAGAAGGAAAAUAUGCGGGAGCAGAUAUUAAACUUAGAGGAUGAACAUAAUAAGAUAAAAGAAAAAUUAGAAAGAUGUAUGGAGGAAACUAAACAGUUGAAUGAGAAAGCGAACAUUUAUUUGAUGGAACAGAAUAGAAAAUUGGACCUGGAGCAAAGAAAUGUCUGUGACAUCAAACUGAAACUGCAGGAAGACCGUGAAAAACUCGAAGAGGAAAAGAAACAAUUUGAAGAGGUAAAUAAAACAAUUGAAAUUGAGAAAACUCUGAUGCAGCAAUCAAAACUCAAAGAGGAGGAAAUUAUGAAGGAACUAAUAGCAGAAAAUGAGAGUUUGCAGCAACAGGUGGAAAAUAUGAAGAACGACAAGAAACAGCUGGAAGAGCAAAAGGAAAAGUUGCAACUGGAAAAAAGAGAAAUUAAUGAAACAAAGAAUAAAAUGGAUAAAGAACGCCAAGAACUCCAGAUGGACAAGGAAAAGCUGAUGCAGCAGAGGUUAAACUUAGAGGAUGAAGAUAAUACGAUAAAAGAAAAAUUAAAAAGAUGUAUGGAGGAAACUAAACAGUGGAAUGAGGAAGUGAACAUUUAUUUGAUGGAGCAGAAUAGAAAAUUGGACCUGGAGCAAAGAAAUGUCUGUGACAUCAAACUGAAACUGCAGGAAGACCGUGAAAAACUAGAAGAGGAAAAGAAACAAUUUGAAGAGGUAAAUAAAACAAUUGAAAUUAUGAAAACUCUGAUGCAGCAAUCAAAACUCGAAGAGGAGGAAAUUAUGAAGGAACUAAUAGCAGAAAAUGAGAGUUUGCAGCAACAGGUGGAAAAUAUGGAGAACGACAAGAAACAGCUGGAAGAGCAAAAGGAAAAGUUGCAACUGGAAAAAAGAGAAAUUAAUGAAGUAAAGAUUAAAAUGGAUAAAGAACGCCAAGAACUCCAGACGGAGAAGGAAAAUAUGCGGGAGCAGAUAUUAAACAUAGAGGAUGAACAUAAUAAGAUAAAAGAAAAAUUAGAAAGAUAUAUGGAGGAAACUAAACAGUGGAAUGAGAAAGCGAACAUUUAUUUGAUGGAACAGAAUAGAAAAUUGGACCUGGAGCAAAGAAAUGUCUGUGACAUCAAACUGAAACUGCAGGAAGACCGUGAAAAACUAGAAGAGGAAAAGAAACAAUUUGAAGAGGUAAAUAAAACAAUUGAAAUAGAGAAAACUCUGAUGCAGCAAUCAAAACUCAAAGAGGAGGAAAUUAUGAAGGAACUAAUAGCAGAAAACAAGAGUUUGCAGCAACAGGUGGAAAAUAUGAAGAACGACAAGAAACAGCUGGAAGAGCAAAAGGAAAAGUUGCAACUGGAAAAAAGAGAAAUUAAUGAAACAAAGAAUAAAAUGGAUAAAGAACGCCAAGAACUCCAGAUGGACAAGGAAAAGCUGAUGCAGCAGAGGUUAAACUUAGAGGAUGAAGAUAAUACGAUAAAAGAAAAAUUAAAAAGAUGUAUGGAGGAAACUAAACAGUGGAAUGAGGAAGUGAACAUGUAUUUGAUGGAGCAGAAUAGAAAAUUGGACCUGGAGCAAAGAAAUGUCUGUGACAUCAAACUGAAACUGCAGGAAGACCGUGAAGAACUAGAAGAGGAAAAGAAAGAAUUUGAAGAGGUAAAUAAAACAAUUGAAAUUAUGAAAACUCUGAUGCAGCAAUCAAAACUCGAAGAGGAGGAAAUUAUGAAGGAACUAAUAGCAGAAAAUGAGAGUUUGCAGCAACAGUGGAAAGAAAAAGAGAACAUUUAUUUGAUGGAGCAGAAGAGAAAACUGGACCUUGAGAAAGAUGAACUUGUCAAAUCCAAGAGACAACAUCAGAGAGAAAUAGAAAUGCUGGAAGCAUCAAAGAUUACAGAAGCACUAUGUAUGGAUUGA